GUUGCCUCAAGCGAGCUUUUCGCACACCUUCGACGAGUGCAUCUGCUGCUGCCCCUACCGCGCCUCUUGCUAUUGAGGGGUGCUCAUUCACGUGCUGCGUCGGCGGUGACACAUGCCAGGAACCCUCGGCUCAAAAGAGGACUCCACUGGACACGGCCGAUACGUGCGACCUCGGCGCCAACAAGGUCCAGCAAACCAGUCAAAGAAGGGGGGCGGGCUGAAGGAAGUCAAGGCACCCAAGCAGGGCGAGAAGACGAUGCUCGGCCUUAUACCCAGGCAGACUCUACGAUCCGCGCAACAGGUGCGCGACAUGCAGGCGGCCAUCUACGACGUGUGGCUGAUGCUGGAGACGUGCUCAGUGGUGCUGGCGACGCAGGAACAGACAUCGAACUACUCCGACCACGUGAAGGGCAAGAAGGAUCACGAUAUCGGGCCACCCCAUAUCUAUGCGAUGGGCGGAGCUCUCAAGACGUAUGCGGAGGUGAAGAUCGGACAGGGUGGCACACCAGUCUUCACACUCAAAGAAGCAUUGCAGGCAGAACUUUGGAAAGCAUGCGCGGAGUGCGAUCAAUGGUCCGUCGAGGGGAAGUGCAAUUUGAUUCUACACUGCAGAGUGGAGAAGAUCUACCAGCGCGGCAUGCAGCAUAUUACGGUUGCCUUUCGCGACCCACAGUUUCGUAUCUUGAUGAACACGGCUUUUGCCAGCACGGAGGGAGCAGUCAAGAAAGUGGGCAGAGCUCCAGCGACAUUCCUCGAGCGCGAACUGCAGGAGUGGCCCGAAGGCAUGAAGGGCUAGAAGUCCCCAGGGCGUGCAGUGCAAUAACUUUCUGGGACGGUGCCUCACACGUCGUACCAAUGGUGGAGAGGCAACAUGCAGAACACGAAUAUCAUAAUACUCAUCGGGAGCGAGGUGAUACCCUUUCUCUUCCUCCCUUGACUGCUCAGGUGAAUCGAGCUGUCUAUAGGUCACGCCCUCCGAGUUCGGAGGCUUCUCUUCCAGAGCGUGCACUUCCAGGCGCCUAUCCCGCGUGCGUAUAGUAACCGAUUGUUCAGCCUCGCGUCAAGUAAUGCUUGGCACAGCUAUUUUCAUUAGUCUGCUAUCACAUGCGCGCACGUAUUCUCUAGCCUUGGCGUGGAAUAGUGCACAGAAGGAGUC